CUCACCUGUCAGUUCGGUCGAGACACGGCACCAGUGCCGAGCCUUGUCUCUUUGUUUUCUCCUUGAACCAGCUCUUGUUUUUUCCAAAUUAAAUGACAGUCCUAUGUGGUCAGUCGAUACCUAACUGAGGACAGCGUUUAACACGGUCUUCUAUCUGCCUCAGAAUAUGGCCUGUGUAGGUAUGGAUUCCCCAGCAGUGGAUGAUGACAUUUGCAUCCUUAAACAUGAGACAGCCUACACCACUGCUGCUGAGAGUCCUGUGUCGGUGUGUGCCGGUGACGAAUCGGUCGCCUCCCACUUUGCCCUGGUCACGGCAUACGAGGACAUCAAAAAGAGGCUGAGAGAGACAGAGCGAGACAAUGCCCUGCUGAAGAAGAGAGUGAAGCAGCUUGAAGACAAGCUUUUCAGGCCAGAUGCUCAUUCAUCAGAGGGGCCCCAGUACGUGAACAAGGCCUUCAGUGCUUACCGAGGUAUCUAUAUAGAGAAGGAGGACCUGCAGAUGGAGCUUAACAAACUGAAAAGGGAGACGAGUGAGAGAGAAAGGAUUCUGAUGGAGCAGCUUCACACCAAAGAGGUGGAGCUGCUUCAGCUGAGGACAGAAAUGGACACCAGCCAAGGUACAGUGAUGAAGAGCCUGAACAGCUCUCAGGACUCCUGGCAGGUGGAAAGGAUCAACACUGAGCUAAAGAUCCACAAACUGCAGGAAGAGCUGGAGAGGGUGACACUGGAGAACAAUCGGCUACUAGAGAGAAGUGCGGGGGAGCCGCAUGGCCUUAACGGACCAGACUUGGACCAGACCUGUGAUGCAAAGUAUAAUGCAAGGGAGAAGAGCAUGCAGCAGACAUACAAAGCUCUGUGUUCUGAGGUCGGCCGUCUCCAUUCAGAGCUGAAGCACCAAACAGGCCUGAUUAGGAAACUCAGGCCACUGAUCAGUGAGACGCGACAAGCUGCCUCAACAGUUCCCGUCCAGUGUCUGGACGACGUGGAAAAGAACAACCACCCCCCAGUUCCUCGGCCAUCAGUGCCUCGUCCCCCCAGUGCCCCCCCACUGCCCUCAUGCUCUGGCCGCCCCUGCCCCCCCACCGGCUGUCCGUCAGGCACCCUGCUGCCAGAUAGUCUGAGGGAGGACUGCUGGUACAACGGCCCAUGGCCCCCCCAGAGUUGUUCGGGAGAGGGUCUGGUUGGGAGCGACGCCUGCUCCGUUGUACUUCCCCCGCCUCCCCUGAACCAGGCCUCUCUGGAUGACAGUUCACGAUCCUUCCCCAGUCCCCCAAAACCCAGUGACGCCAUGUUCUGGGAGGGACACUCCGCUGCGUCCAACUCCUCGUCCUCAAUGAGUAACUGCAGCCCCAGGAGCCCUCCCCAUACAGAUUGGGCCAAGCCUUAUUAAGUUACAGUGGGAGAACAGAUGAUUAAUAAUUUAUUGGAAGAUAAAUAAAUGUUAGAAAUUUGAUGGAACAUAAACAAAUGGAACAAUGAAUAAACUCUCCAACCCUGCCACAUAGCUACCACCUUACCUGCCUUAAUGUGAUAAGACCACUUUUGUGGGGCGGAUGAGACUGGACCUCCUGGUUGUGGGAACUAAACGAGGCCAGAUGAGGCCUUUUUCUUUUUUUUCUGAGGUAAAGACUUUAAACUCAUUAAUCUGCCAUCUCUGCUCACCGCAUCGGUGAACAUUUCUGACUUUGCAGAGAAAAAGUUGAUGAGAAAUCCUCAACAGAAUAGUUUGUCCAUGUUUGUGUCCUUGUAUGCGCAUGCAUAACUGUGUGCAAGUAUGCAUACAAGCAGUUUAAUUUGUGUGUGAGCACAUGCACGUGCGUGCAUGUGUGUGUGUAUAUUCACAUCCAACAGUGUGCCUGUAUCUGUAUCUCAUCAUAGGGCCUCUUCCACCAUAAACUGUGGCUGUUGAUCACUGGAGCCACAGCAUAGUGCUAGAAUUUGUAUAACUGUACUUCCUCCAAUGCAAGUCUUUUUACAUUUGAUCACUGUAAAUUACAGAGGGUAUGUAGUUCCAUGUUUGUCUAAUGGUCAUGUGAAGGAGAUGUGUUGGUAGGAGGAGUUGAUGUGUUUGUUUUUGUACGGUGAAGACAGACAUACAUACACUGACUGUAGGAUAAUUACAGGUUUUGGCUCCAAAUUUGAAAUGCUAAUUAAGUUUUCUUUUUACUGAGGUGGAUUAAUAUCAAAGUAAAGAGAGAGAAGGUUCAAUGAUUUCUCAUAACCUUCACAACUCAAGUCUGUCUGGUAUCUGACAACACCAUCUAUUGUGUUGCUUUCUUUUUUCACCUCUGAAGUGACAUGUAGAUGUAAGGCUGUGAAUUGCUGGUUUCUUAGCACGGCAUUUAUUUUGAAGGACUCGCAGAAUGCACCGCAUACACUUGGCACAUCAUUUUGAACAUUAGAAAAUGUGAACUAUGCACUGUGCUGAUUGUUAAUCCUGCUGUUUAGGACUGAGGGUAGUCUCUCUCUGGUCUCCCAGUAGUGAAAAAGUAUAAACUAAGGGCACUGAAGAAUCUUAGACCAAAUAAACAGAAGAAACUGAAAGAAAUGUGCAUAUCUGUAUAAAUGUAUAUGGUGGGCUUCAGUACUCUGCCAAACAUGGUUAUACACUCCAAAACUUAGCUUUUGCUUUUUCUCCCCCAAGAUGCCUGAUAUGUCUAAGAGCUACCUGUGCUGGGGGCAACACAAUAAUGUAAUAACCUGAUUAAAUAUGAGAUGUGACUUAACAAAUAGGUGCACAAAGCACAAAGGCCCAUGGGUAAGUUUCUUUGUUUUAGUUUUUUCUUAUCUGUAUCAUGAUUGUGGUCUUUUGUUCUUAAUUUCUAAGAAAUGUUAUUUUACAGCAGUAGUUUCAUACUUCUGUAAACAAUUUGCAAACCAAAAUGCAAUGUACAGUAGAUAUGGAUUAUAUUUUAGAUUUACUGCACUUCCGGCUGUUUGUAAAUAUGAUCGAAUAAAUGAAUGAAAGGAAUCAA